AUGUGCGUGGCAGCCUCUACUAAACUGUCCACCGUCGCACCACUUCUCACAGCGUUACCCGUCUUCACGCCCACAACACCCGUCUUCACGCCCACAACACCCGUCUCCACGCCCACAACACCCGUCCUUAUGAUCACAGUACUCAUGUCCACGCCCACUGAACCCAUCUUCAUGCCCACAACACCCAUCUUCAUGGCCACAGUACGUCCACGCCCACUGAACCCAUCUUCACGCCCACAGUACCCAACUCCACGCCCACAGCACCAUCUGCACGCCCACAAUACCCAUCUUCAUGACCAGAGUACUCACGUUCACGCCCACUAA